UCUUCUCUCUUCGUAACUUACCCUUGGUUUUAUAAUCUCUCCGCUCCCCCAAAAACCCAGGGGCUUCUUAAACGCACACAAUUCUUCUUUCUUAUAUAUUUUUGCGAAUCUUCAUCACCAACUCCCACAUAAUCUCCGAGAUAACUUCAUAAAACAGAGGCUUAGGUUUUAAAAUCAACUUUUUUUUUGUUGGUUUUGGGUUUGAGUAUUGUUCGAUCAGUUGUUGUUUACUGUAAGCAAAUCGAAAUCAAAGAUGCGGAUGAGCUGUAAUGGAUGCAGAGUUCUUCGAAAAGGGUGUAGUGAGGAUUGUAGUAUAAGACCGUGUUUGUCUUGGAUCAAAUCCCCUGAAGCCCAAGCUAACGCUACCGUCUUUCUCGCCAAGUUCUAUGGCCGUGCUGGACUCAUGAACCUCAUUAACGCCGGUCCCGAUCACCUUCGUCCUGGGAUAUUCCGAUCGUUGUUGCACGAAGCUUGUGGAAGGAUUGUGAAUCCGAUCUAUGGUUCAGUGGGUUUGUUAUGGUCGGGAAACUGGCAGCUUUGUCAAGACGCCGUGGAUGCUGUGAUGAAAGGGGAGUCUAUCACUGAGAUCGCCACAGACGCGGCGACGAUCGGCCAAGGUCCGCCGCUUAAGAGCUACGACAUCCGACAUAACUCCAAAGAUGACAACUCCGCCGCCGCUGCGGCUACUGGCUCAACCGAUCUGAAACGAGGGAAAACUCGCCGGGCUAAGAGGGUCGCGGCCCUUGAGAAACAGGCGGAAUCGGAGGGAAAGUCCGGCGGCGGUGAGGCUAGUCACGAGUCGUCGUUGAGUCAUCAGUCUGAAGUAGUGGCUGCUCAUGAAGGAGAGAGCAAGGAAUCUGAGAGCAAUGCCUCUGAGGUUUUGGCAUUUUCGCCGCCGGCUGCUCAGGGCUCCGGCGAGGUUAAGCUCGACCUAACUCUUGGGCUUGAGCCGGUGUCACGUGCGUAUGACGUGGUACCUGUGAAGAAGAGAAGGAUCGGCGUGUUUGGCACGUGUCAGAAGGAGAGCACGUGUAAGACUGAGCUUAUGCUCUGAGCUUCCGUCUCAGCUCUCCGUAGAAGUUUUGCCCGCAAUCAGCUCAUUUCGGUUCGGCUCUGAUCAUCGUCAAGCCGAGCCGGUAACUUUUUAAUAUAAUUUUUCUUUAUUUCAUCCUUUAGUUUUUUCACUUUCUUCUAUUGUGACCAAAGAAAAAGGGUAGCCAGUAACUAUAUCAUGUACAAACUUAUUUACAGCGAGUAAUACAAGAAUUGGCUGAGAAUUAUUAUUA